AAUAGCUGUUUGUUUCUUUGUAGGCAUAGGCCUUUUAGAGAAAAUGGCUGGAAAGGAGAUUCCAUUACUGAAGAAUCAAGAAAUGGAACUUUAUCUAGUUAACAAGGAGUACCUGGCUGAUGAACCAUUCCAAGAUAUUCCAAAUCUCCAGGAAAAACUGGAACUGCUGAAGGGUGCAUUUCUGGAAUAUGAUGCUAUGCACACAGGAGAAAUUGACUAUCCGACACUGAGCAACCUACUGAGGGAGUUCCAAGUUUUCCGAAGCUUGUUGGAGCUCAGGGUGCGAGUCCAAGACAUCACUGGGAACGCAGGCAGCACCGUUCCUUACAAGGACUUUGUUAUGGCUAUGCUGGGACGAAGAUCGACUAUGUGCCAGCGAUUCUUGCAAUACAGUGGGAAAGAAGGUGAUGCUGUGAAGAAGCCCUCCCUGAUAGAGCCUGGCUCACAUGCAAGCUACUUGGGGCCUGAGACAGAGUGCAUUUCCUCUCCACUUUCUACUCUCCCACCACCACCACCACCUCCAUCUCCAGCGGAUGGCUAGUUUAAGACCUACCCUGCUGCAUAAGAAACCUGGAAGGCACUGACUUGAUAUACACAAAGGCUUGCUGAGGAGGCAAACCUUGUACAGGGCACCUUGGAUACUCUAGGUAUAGCUCAGAUCCUUCUAAAUAAAAAGCUACCCAAGGCAAGGCACAUUAACUUGUCUGUGGGCUGUCUAUGAUCUUACACGGGAGAGAACCAGUGAUAUCCCCACCCCCUGUGAGUAGUGCCAAUAGGUUUUGCUGAACUUAGUGCCAUAUCAACAUGUAGCAAGACCGUUCCUGCCCCAAAGACCUUGGUCUCGGACAAGACUUGCAUAUGAACUUUUGGGGUUGAGGGAGCAAGGGAGUGAGGUUUCGGGCCAUGCGUUGGUGACAGCCAGGAACAGAAUUUAGCUGUCCCAGGCCAGUUCCUGAAGUUCUAUGAAUCUACUGUUCUUGCCCAGGUUAGUCCUUUUAUGUAUAUAAUAGAACAGGGCUCAAAGUCCUGGAAUCCAACCCUUUGCUGAAGACUGACUGAAAGACACACAAAAGUACAAUUCUGUUGUGUUGAGGGGGUUUUUUCCUGCUACCUUGGCAGUAGUGUCUGAGAUUCUCAGAUGCAGGAUUCAGGGAGCUGGGUUUCCCUUUCUUAAAAGCCGGUGAUAGGGAGGGAGGGAGGUGGCAAACAUUGGGAGAUUCUCAAUAAUAGUGUGGGAAUUGACAGUACUGUGUGAAAGCGGGCUUCCUCAGAGCCUGCUAUCAAAAGAAAUUCUUGGGAGCUGAGAAUGCAGUAAAAGAGGAUAUCUUGCUGUUAUCUGUUAAAGACAGUCAAACAUGCCAUAUUCUCUCACAUACAGGAUACUUGUUGCUGGAAGUAGGGCAUAUUAUCUGUGGAGAAAAAUGAAGAACUGAGCUUCUGAAAAAUCAAUCCAGAUCUUCAGUGCUGAACUCUCAUGAAAAGGUGACUGUAUAUUCCCAUAGCAUGGAAUUCCCUCUAGCAUUUUGCUUUAAAACAAGAAAUCUGCAAAGAAAUCACCACAACAGAGUUGUCUGAGAUUUUUUUUAAUUGCUUAUUAUCAUAAACUAUUUCCACAUAAUCAUUAGCAGAUUGUACUUUUGCUUUCAUGGAGGAUGCUUUAAUGCAACCUCCACUGCUUGGUGCUUUUUUUUUUUUCCUCCUCAAAAACAAAAAUCAAGCCAGCUACAGUAUUUAUGUGGGGGUUAGGUGUUUUUUUUUUAGGUGGUAGUUGUUUAAAAAAAAUAAGAUCAUGGGUAGCUGCUUACAAUCUAAUG